AUGAGAAUUAAAAAAUCACCGAUUGAUUAUUUCAGAACAUGUCGUGAUGUAAGUGAUACUAAGGGACUAAAUGUUAAUUUAUUAAGUGGCGAGUCUUCUUUUGCUAAAAAAAAAGACAUUUUCAUGAAAUGUUCCAAUAAUAAAAUAAUAACACUUGGAGAAGAGAAAUGUGUUUCAACAUUCUUACGACACAUGAAAUUAACACAAGGCGAAGAAGAAUUUACUUUAAAAUGUGAUUGUGAAAAUGUAGCACAAAUUCGGGGGAAGAAAGUGUCAGAAUAG